AUGGGAGUAACGGACAUAGCGCUUGAUAGGGCGUACCUCGCAGCCAUCUGGCUCGAGACUAUGUUCUAUGGCAUGAACAUAGUGCUCUUCAGUGGAUGCAUUUAUGUUUUGAUCGCAAGACGGCGAACACCAAAAGUCAACAAAUAUCUUGUCGGUGUUGCGGUGCUCAUGUUCUGUUUCUCAACGUGCCAUGUCUUCCUUGGUUUUUACCGCUUGAUCAUGGGCUUCAUCGUGCUUCGUGACCAACCCGGCGGCCCUGCUGCGUUCUUUGCCGACGUGUCAAUACCCGCCAACGUAGCGAAGGUGGGAUUGCACACGGUCAAUUCUGUAGUAGGGGACUCCGUGGUGGUCUGGCGAUGUUUUCUUGUCUGGGGUCGAAACUGGAGAAUGUGUUUCGUACCCAUUGCCCUUGUGUGCGGAUCUGCGAUAUGCGGAUUUGGACAAACCGUCUAUUUCGCGCGAGGGCAGAAGUACCACAGCGCGUUCGCACCAGCACUCGUCAGGUGGAACGGCUCCCUGUUCAGCUUGUCUCUCGCAACGAACAUCGUGGUCACUGGUCUGGUAGCUUUGCGUGCAUGGUACUUGCUGCGCCUGAGCGGAGGAGCCGCCGGCUUCCGCUACUGGAGAAUCCUCGUCAUCGUCGUCGAGUCCGGAAUGAUCUACUCGGUUGCUCUGAUCUGCGAAGUUACGCUCUACUUCCUCGGCCUAAACUCGUUCUACAUCGUCUACGAUCCCAUCGGGCAGCUGACGGGCAUCGUGCCGACGAUGAUUAUCAUCCUCGCGGGACUCUCGCUCACCUCGAAUGACGUGCAGUCCCGCUUCUCGCAGACGCAGCAGCAGCAAGUCAACUUGAGUGCACCGCGUUUCCGCCCGGGCAACACGACCACGACCAAUAUUCACACGAGCAGCGAUGACAUUCCCCUGGGGUCGAUGCAGUUCGCGGGCGUAGAUUCGACGUUCAGCAAACGCAAGUCGGUCUCGGGUAUCACCAAGGAUGACUUUGAGGACCCUGAGGCCCAGGAGACGAAGACGGUGCACAUCACGCCGCUUGAUGAACGGACUGUUGGACAGUGA